GAUGGAGAAAACAAGAAUGAGUUCGAAAAUUUACGUUGGGGUGAUGAUGAUAAUGAUUCUUUUUCUAGCAAGAGUUGGGGCACAACAUUCUCCUAUUCUUUCCUGUGAAUUGCAAUGUAUGUUCGAUUGUAGGGAAAAUCCUCAAUGUUUUACUGAAUGCAUCGAUAAAUGUCAUGAAACAAUCCCCAUGAAGAUUGAUUCCCAAUCUCCAAAUGAAUGUGCAAAUUCUAAGUGCAAAAAAUUGGCAUCAGAUAGUCGACGAGAAUGA